AUGUUAUUAGGGCUCUUGCUGGUACUACUAUUUUCUCUACGCAGCAAAUUCACCAAUAUAAGUGCGGAAUGCAGCAAUGAAUUUUGCUCUAGCAUGAGAGGCUGGUUAACCGAGAAAGGUGAGCUGAACAUGGAUAUCCACCUGAAUCACACAUUGAGGAAUGGAUUGCGGACCACACUUACCCUCCUGCAGCUGAUAAAUGGCCAAAAUCGGUACCAGACACUUCUCAGCUACGACAUGGACACCUGCAAAACGCUGCGGGAACUUCUGCAAGCCAGUUUAUUGAAGGUUUGGCUGAGGAACUUGUUCAAGUACGGUAAUCUAGCCGACCGCUGUCCCAUUAAGCCAGCCUACUACGAUGUCCGAAACUUUCAGUUGGAGAACCACAGCAUUCCGGGGUAUUUGCCAUCGGGAUUCUAUCGGCUGCACGACACAAAUUACUACGGAAAGCCCAAGGGCAGACAACGCCGUUCGGUGGCCACUUUGGUAUUGGAUAUAAAGUUCUAUUAA